GUCGCUUCUGGAAGUGGACGUUGUAAAUAAAAAGUUUGAACACAAAAGACUUGCAGAUAGUGUAUUGAUUUUUAUUUAUAAUUAUUAUAAUUGAGAAAUCAUGUCUGGAAAAAGUUUAAUUCCUGCUACGGUGAAUCCGGAUUUACAAAAGGAACGUAAUGCAGCCAGUUUCAAAGUUGAAGAUUUCGCUAGUUGGUGGCAUGGUGGAGCUGAAAAAUUAAAAUUCAAGAGAGACGUAGAAAACUACAUGUUUCAGGACUUGAAAGAGGAUGCUGAUUUGUUUCUCUAUAAAUCACAUAAAGAUAUCUACGAACAAUCUAUAAUGGAGUCAAUCGAAGCCGCUAAGAAGUUGAGAAAACUUCAAGAGGAAAGAAAUCCAGGAGGAGAUGAUAUUUGGCCAACCCUCUACUCUUCAAUCCAUGUUGCGGGUGCUAUGAAGGCGGGCAAUCCGUUCGGUGUGCAAUUUGCAAUGGUUGUGAAAGCUUUAAAGCAACAAUCCACAGAUGAGCAAUAUGAAGAAUUUGGAAAGCGGGUAGCAAAUUUCGAAAUUUCAGCCACUUAUGCACAGACCGAACUCGGUCAUGGUACAUUUUUGCGAGGUUUAGAAACCAGAGCGGAUUAUGAUCGUAAAACUGAUGAGUUUAUUUUGAAUACUCCAACCAUAUCAGCAUAUAAAUGGUGGCCUGGUGGAUUGGGCCAUUCUUCGAAUUACUGCAUUGUGGUAGCACAGCUUUAUAUAGACAAUGAUCCGAAAGGUGUACAAAUGUUUUUUGUGCAAGUAAGAGAUGAAGAAACACACAUGCCAUUACCGGGUAUUGACAUUGGUGAUAUAGGUAAAAAAAUGGGUUUCUAUGGAGUAAACAAUGGAUUCUUGGGAUUGAAGAAUGUUAGGAUCCCACGUACAAGAAUGUUAAUGAGAAAUGCUAAAGUACAUCCUGAUGGUACAUUCGUAAAAAGCCCUGCAUCGAUCUUAACUUAUUUGCCAAUGGUAUAUGUACGCUGCGUGAUUGUAUUAAAUACCAGCUAUCAUUUAGCACUCGCUGCAACUAUAGCAACUCGUUACUCAGCCGUUAGACGUCAAAGUCCAAUAAAUCCUGAUGAACCUGAACCACAAAUUUUAGACCAUGUUACUCAGCAACAUAAAUUGUUUCCGGAAAUAGCAAUUGCUAUUGCUUACAAUUUAUCGGGAUCAAAACUAAAUCAAUAUUUUCAAGAUACCAGUGUUGCCAUUAAGAAAAAUGAUUUUUCUCGUCUGGAGGAAUUGCAUGCAUUGGCUUGCACAUUGAAAGCUUCAUCAUCAUAUGAUGCCACAGCUGGUAUCGAGCGUUUACGGCUUGCCUGUGGAGGACAUGGUUAUCUUACUUCGUCUAAUUUUGGAAAUAUAUAUGCCAAAAUAUCGGUUACUUGCACUUAUGAAGGAGAAAAUACUGUUUUAUACUUGCAAGUGGGAAAAAUUCUGAUGAAGAAAUGGGCAGAUGUCUUAGCUGAGAAACAAUUGAUGCCAACAAUGUCAUACUUAAACGAUUGGAAAAAUUCGAAAACCUUUAAUUGGAAUGGUUCGUGGGAUUGUAUGAUCAAAGCACUACAAUUUGUCACCACUAAAAAAACUGAAAUAACAUUUUCGCAUUAUAUGAGACGUCUUAAAAUGGGGCAAAGUCAACCAAUUGCAUUAAAUAAUACAGGCAUUGAAUUGAUACAAGUAGCGGAGCUUCACGCCUGUGUUUUCGUAGCGAGUAACUUCUUCACUGAAGUAACUGGUGAUGCCUUGGCAAAACAAUCAAAUGAAUUAAGAGCUGUACUUCAUAAUCUUUUGGAAUUAUUUUUGUUGAAGACAAUCCUUCGAUACAUGAAUUUUAUAUUGCUAUUCAUUAACCUAACAGAUGCCGAUGUAACGGACUUACAGAAUCGUUUGGAAGAAGUUCUAAAACGUUUACGAAUGGACGCUGUGGCAAUAUGUGAUGGUUUUGAUUUUCAUGACUCGGUACUUCAGUCGACACUGGGUGCUUAUGAUGGAAAUGUAUAUGAACGCAUCUACGCGGGAGCAAAACAAAGUUCAUUGAACUCGCAGCCUGUGCCCAAGUCAUUCCAUACGCAUCUUAAGCCAUUUAUGCAAGGAAAAUUGUGAUAAUAAAUUUAAAUGAAAUUUUAUAUAAAUUUAAUAGGGUGAUAAACUAUUAUGUUAUAUGGUAUAGAAAUAAAUAUUAGGAUGUGGUUAUAUUUAUAAUAUAAGAUGUUGUAGUUAAAGUGUUUUUAG